AUGCGACUGCUGGAACGUGACGAUACCGGCGGGGUCUGUUUGAGGGAGGGCCUCCCCAACAACAAGAUUCCGCCGUAUGCGAUACUUUCACACACAUGGGGCGACGGGGAGGUCAUCUUCAGGGACCUGAUGGACGAUCAAGCCUGGCGCGAUGGGCUGAGAUUCUUCUGGGUGGAUACAUGCUGCAUCGACAAAUCCGACAAAGCCGAGCUUCAGCACGCUCUCAGCUCCAUGUUUGAUUGGUACCGCCGUGCCGCCAAAUGCUAUGUUUAUCUAGCAGAUGUCUCAACACAUCAGCAGGUCAUCGACAGCUCCGACCGGGAACUUGUCGUCCGACAGAGCGGAUGUACCACCCAAAAAUGGGCCUUCCAGGAGCCCAAUGCCCGAGUAAUUGCCAACUUCUUCUCUAAAGGUUGGAAGCCGGCUUUUCGACAAAGCAGAUGGUUCACCAGAGGAUGGACGGUCCAAGAGCUUAUCGCCCCGGCAAUUGUCGAAUUCUUCUCUAAAGAAGGCUUGGGUCUGGGAGACAAGAAGUCCCUGGAAUGGGAAAUCCACAACAUAACUGAGAUUCCCCUCAGGGCCCUCCGGGGUUUCCCGCUGUCUGACUUUAGCUUUGACGAACGAAAGGCGUGGGCCGAGAAGCGAAGCACCACACGUGAAGAAGACAAAGCGUACUCUUUGUUCGGCAUCUUCGAUGUGCACAUGCCGGUUCUGUACGGCGAAGGAAAAGAGAAGGCAUUCAAACGGCUACAAGACAAGUUUCGCGAGGAUUAUCGCGCUUUGGCAAAGUUGUGGUCCACUGAGCCGCGUGACCCGCGGGUCGAAAAGAAACGGAUCGAGCUGGCAAAGGGCGGUCUACUAGUUGACGCUUACCUCUGGGUCCUCGAAAACCCUGACUUUAACCGAUGGCGCCACUCGACAGAGUCCCGGUUGCUCUGGAUCAAAGGGGACCCCGGCAAAGGCAAGACUAUGCUGCUAUGCGGCAUUAUCGACGAGCUCGAGCGGCCUGUUAUCGCUGACGGUGCGCAACUGCUGUGCUGCGGGGUUUAA